AUGGUAAAAGUGGAAAAUGUCAUUUCCUCUCCAAGGAAAUUAUGGGGAGAGGAGUGUGAAUUGGAUGUGGGUGAAUUGCAGGAAGGGAGUAUUAAGGUUGCAAAUGUACAUGUAGAGGAGAAUGGGGCUUUGCACAUAGUAGUAAACCAAAAUUCUGUUCGAGAAUUGGAGAUGGAGGGGGUUGAUGUUGAUGGAGAAAAGGACUUAGGAGGUAAUUCAUUAGAAGGAGAAGAUUUGAACAGGCAGUACUCUCCUACUUUAGACUUUACCUUUUUGGUAGAUCAUCUUUUUGAGAACAGAGAUGGAGGAAAGGGGUCUCUAGAUGAUGAUAGGGGUUUGUAUGUGUUGAAAAAGCCUCUUGACAGAGGGUAUUGCUCUGAUCAGGGGAGUUCUAACAGUUGUGAAGUGGCUAUGGAUACUAAAUGUACGGAGUUAUCUCUAGCAGAGAAGGGUGGAGAGGUUCAGAAUAGGGUAAUCCAUGGAGGUAAGGUUUCNGAAAGGAGAAUAAGAUGGUUUUUUAUCCAUGGGGAAUGGUAA